AUGAUCCACAAAAAUCAGAAGAGCAAAGCAGAGCUGAGAUAUGCAAUAACAUGUCAGCCUCUGCAGACCAAGUGGCCACCCCGCACAAGCCUGCCUGACUGGGGCUCAACUGCUGACCCGCUAGUGUUGUCUCGAGGUUAACCUUGCCUAAAUUACAACGUAGCCAUGUAAAAACCACAUACUGCAGGGCCAGAUGGUACUGCAGUACUGCACAGUAAAAUUAAAAUGACCAUUAUACAUCAAAAAAAAGCUCAAUACCGUAGACCCCAAUGUCCCCCUCAAUAAGUUCCCAGGCACUUAUUUAAAAUUAUGGCUAAAGGAGGGGCUCCUAUAAGAAGGAGAAAUCAUGUGUAUUGUUUAAUACUGAUCCAAUUCUACCUUGCUACACUGUAUUUUACUUUGUCAAUGCUAUGAGCUCCAGCUGGCCAUAUCGAUAUUCUGGGAAGUGGUUAUAGAUUACCUUAUUCUCACUUCUCACUAGUACUAAAUUUUUGCUCUUUUUGCAAUUUGGGGAAAAUCUUAAAUUUGAUACUUGCAAAAUCUUAAAAUCUCCUAAAAUCGGAAAAAUUUUUCUAAACCCCCCUAAAAAUCCCUAGAAAUGGCAAAAUUAAAUACUCUUGAAUUAUGGCUCAUGAUUUUUCGCAAACUUUGAUAGAAGGAGGGUGCUUAACAGCCUGCAUGGCAGAUGCAAAAAUGGAAGGGAAAUGUGGAGAAAGGGAAAAAGGGAAGGGAGCACCUGUUAUAACAGCCCGUGUUUUUGUAUUCCUCCUAGCAACUCCCUAACUAAUCCGAUAACAUCAACUGUCAAUACGUGACCAAUCACAAUUAAGUAGGGGGCGCUUCUCAGCAUGCAUGGUCCAAACUUGAUUACUUUGUUUACCAGAUCUAGAAAUUAUCAAGGUGAGAUGCUUUUUUCAAAUGAUAUCACAAUAAAUUGUGCAAAAUAAAACAUUUUUACUGUUGUUGCUCAGCAAACACAACAAACAGUGAUCAGUUUGGUGUGAAUACUGAAAAACCCUUUGGUCUUGUGUCAAAAAAUUCAUUGAUGCAAAGUACAGAACAGUUGCCACCCUGAAAUGCAACUAAUUUUUGAAAGGAGAAUUAUAUACAUUUUUCUAAAACCUUAAUGGAUAAUUUUGACUGAAGCUUAAGCUCUUUCUUUACAACCAUUUGGAAGAUCAUUCAAGGCGGUGUAUUAGUUGCAGAAAAGUCAUAUGUCCGUGUUUGGAAAAAUCCAGUAUACAAAACCUCCUGAGCAUCCACUGCCCGCUAAACGAGCUAGGUAUUCCCCCAACUUAAAUUUUUGUUUUCAAUAUAUGGAUCUGUUUUAAUUCUAAUGUUGUUUCAGGGACCGAGAGUGACAGUGAUGAUGAACUGCCAGAGCUUGAAGAAGGAGAUGCUGGACAGCCCAAUAUAACAAGUGAUAUAGCAGCUGCUGCUGGAUUGACCGAAGAACCAGUUAGCAAAGCUAAACAAAGCCGAAGUGAGAAGAAAGCUCGCAAGGCUAUGUCAAAGCUAGGACUCAAAAGUGUGUCAGGAGUUAAACGGGUAGCGAUAAGAAAAUCCAAGAAUAUAUUGUUUGUUAUCAGUAAACCUGAUGUAUACAGAAGUCCAGGAUCUGACACCUACAUUGUGUUUGGAGAGGCAAAGGUAUGUAACAAUACUGUAUGAAUAUUACUGUUCUGUUUACAUCCAAGGAUUUUGUUUCUCAAAACCCUAGAGUAGUAACAUCACUUUAAGUUCAAUCGUUACAAAAGGCUUCCUUGCCUUGAAUGAGAGUCGUAUAACCAACUCUUAAACAAAAACCAAGAUUUGUUGCUCCCCCCCCUCCUGGGGGGGUGGUACUCGGGAUUUCAAGUUAUGGCGAUGAUCAAAGGAUUUUUGGGGGGUUAAAAUAAGUCCUAAUAAUAACAUUGGAGUAGUUUUGAGAAACAAAUGAAAGAAAUAGUUUUGUGCCCGAUGACGAUAAAGAUGCCUUAUGGUGAGGAAUGUCUGCCUGGCUUGGAAGCCUGCUAUCCAUUGUUUGUGCCUGUUGUUGUUUUUUGUAAACAUGUGUCUUGCAUACAAAUCUACAUUUCUGUGCUUCGUGUUGUAACUUCCAUACAUGGUGGACAGGCCAGGUCAGAAGUGGUCCUUUGAUCUAAAGAUUAUGAGAGCUGAGGGCACUGUUCUUUUUCUUUAGUAGGAAGGUUAGAUUGUAGGGUAAAGGGAGGUUAUUGUCACAAGAUUAUUGUGAACAAACCUAAAAGGGUAUUUUCAGUGAAGAAAACGUCAUAUGUUGACUUUUUUAAAAAAUUUUAUCAAAUAAUGUAUUUUCAAUAUUGUUUAAUUUGUUCUUAAUGCAGAUUGAAGAUCUAAGCCAGCAAGCACAAGUGGAGGUAAGCAUUGAAAUGUACUGGUCUUUUGUUUGACAUUUUGUGUAUUUCAAGUAUAUAAUAUUUUUUAUCGCUAUAUUUGUGAUGCUUGUGUGCCAUGUACAUGUAGUAGCAUUCUAAAAUCUGGAAUCUUCCUCUGAGUGCGUGUCAGCUAUUCAUGACAACAGCUCCUGAUCCUGCACAAAUGAGCUUUCCUUUCUGUUUUACUAUGUCUUAGGCUGCUGAAAAAUUCAAGGCCCCUCAACCUGCCCCUGUUGUGUCUGAAGCUAAGGCUGCUGCCAUUGAACAGGAAGAAGAAUCUGAUGAAGAAGAGGUAACUUAAAUCUUCUGCUUGAAAAAAGUGCUGUUUUUGAGAUUCGAGACCUGUACUUUCUACAUAUAAAUCUCAGUUUUUUCCCUUGUUUGUUUGAAUUGCUCUCAGGUUAAUAUUUAACCCUUUCACUUCCAGAGUGAUUAAUAAAGUCUUCUUGUGAGAUGGUUUUAACUUUUGAAUAUGUGGAUGAAAUCUUAUAGUAUUACUAUUCAUAUAAAUUCUCUUUAGCGCUGCAGUAUUUUCUCCUGGUACUAUUUGGUUUUAUUUUUGAAUUUUACAAAACAAAAGUAAUAAAAUUUUACAGAACUUUGGUGACUUUUGGAAUUGAGAGGGUCAAUCCUUCAACUUUCAGCUAUUAAAGUGAUCAGCCCUAAAAAUCUAUUCCUCUUUCUAUCUUAUAUCCCUUUAACCUUAUUUUUUUAUGUGACAAUGAAUUGUUACUUUACAAUGUAUUUUGAAGGUUAAUGCAACUGGAGUGGAAGAAAAAGAUAUCGAACUUGUCGUACAACAGGCAAAUGUCUCGAGAUCAAAGGUCAGUUUAAUAGAUUACUCUUCAUUCACGUUAUUGAAUUUAUGUUUACUCUCCAAGGAUUAAGGCAAAGUCCAUAUUGCAACAUCCUUAGUUUUGCUGUGGACUCAAAAAAGAAACCGUGCAUAGCAUGUUAAAAAUGUUUUGGUCAGUUGAAGUGCCACUUUAGUGCAGACAGAAGGCCAAACCAGAGGGGGGAAAGUCAGAUGUCCCUGGGAGGAAUAAAAUUAUCUAAAAAGGUGCAACUUAAAAUGUAUCAACUAUAACCUUUGUUCUUUCCUUAUCCAUUCAAAAUAUACUUGCGUUCCCAUUAUUGCAUUAAAUUUAGUGUUUAUGAAGUCAUUUUUUUGUUUCUUACAGGCCAUUAAAGCUCUCAAAAACAAUGAUAACGAUAUUGUCAAUGCUAUAAUGGUAAGGCUCCUUGCUAUCUGA